AUGGCCUACGCGAUAUUCAGAUCCCCAAUGAGUUUCUUCGAGACCACCCCUUCCGGACGGAUCCUGAAUCGUUUCUCCAGUGACAUUUACCGAGUCGAUGAGGUGCUGGCGAGAACCUUCAACAUGUUGUUUGUCAACAGUGCUCGGGCCUUUUACACACUCAUCCUGAUUGCUGUCUCCACCCCAGUCUUCGUAGCGUUGAUCAUUCCUCUCGGAGCCGUCUACCUCUACAUUCAGCGUUACUACUUACGUACAUCAAGGGAGCUGAAACGCCUCGAUAGCAUUAGCAGAAGUCCGAUUUAUGCACAUUUUCAAGAGUCUUUGGGCGGCAUCACAACGAUCCGUGCUUAUCGCCAGCAGAGCAGGUUUGCUUUAGAGAACGAAUGGCGGGUGGAUGCAAAUCUUCGGGCGUACUUUCCGUCCAUCAAUGCAAACCGGUGGCUUGCAGUUCGACUCGAGUUCAUCGGUUCCUUUAUCAUCCUGGCGGCAGCUUCUUUUGCUAUCAUAUCUGUUUCUACAGGCAGUGGCUUGUCAGCAGGCUUAGUGGGUCUAGCAAUGUCAUAUGCCUUGCAGAUUACCACUAGUCUGAAUUGGAUUGUGAGGCAGACUGUGGAGGUAGAGACGAACAUAGUCUCGGUCGAACGUGUCUUGGAGUAUGCUAGGCUACCGAGCGAGGCGCCUGAUGUUAUCUCAAAGCACAGACCCAAGAUCAGCUGGCCUGGGCAAGGGGCUGUCAAGUUCAACAACUAUUCGGCAAGAUAUCGACCAGGAUUAGACCUGAUCCUCAAAAACAUCAACAUCCAUAUUAAAUCCCACGAGAAGAUCGGCGUCGUCGGCCGUACUGGAGCGGGAAAAUCCUCCCUUACCUUGGCUUUGUUCAGGAUCAUUGAGCCUGACGCUGGAAACAUCUCGAUCGAUGACCUGAACACAUCGACCAUUGGCCUUCUCGAUCUCCGAGGCAGGCUGGCUAUCAUUCCUCAGGAUGCAGCUCUCUUCGAAGGUACUAUCCGAGACAACUUGGACCCAGGUCACAUUCACGAUGAUACGGAACUUUGGAGCGUGCUAGAUCACGCACGGCUCAAAGAGCACGUCUCAAGCAUGCAGGGUAGGCUCGAAGCCGGUGUGAAUGAAGGAGGCUCGAACCUGUCAGCAGGACAGCGGCAACUGGUCUCCCUAGCCAGAGCACUGCUAACACCUACGAGCAUUCUAGUGCUUGACGAGGCGACCGCAGCGGUAGACGUGGAGACAGAUGCUAUGCUGCAGACUACCCUGAGAAGCAAUAUGUUCAAGGACCGCACUAUUAUAACCAUUGCGCAUCGGAUCAACACCAUCAUUGACUCGGAUCGGAUCGUCGUUUUGAACCACGGGACUGUUGCAGAAUUCGAUACUCCCUCGGCUUUAGUCCGUCAUAGGGGACUAUUUUAUGAAUUAGUCAAAGAAGCUGGCUUGCUCGACAGUGUUGAAGCAUAA